AUGCCUCCAAUCAACAUCCGCAUACCACCGAAUCGAGCGGCAACGACGCCAGUGUCUGAUCCCAGUUUGUUGCGGCCAUCGCAGGAUUAUUCUUCAAGCUAUCCUCAAGUCCUUGAUUCUAACUACGGGCCACAGACAAUCCACAGAUCUGAUUUAUUCUUCAUCAACCAAGGCACUCAUAUGAGCAGAUCCCAACCAGGCGCGGACUUUUCACCGGCCCAGUUGUAUCCAUAUCACCAACAACACUAUGCUCUUCCACAACCUCGUCCACCCCCUUUGCUCCCACCUAAUUCGCACCCUCAGCCAACCAACUUUCACCGCUCGGUGACGGAGCCUCUACCGCCCCCUAUCCCACCCAAGCCUUUCCACCCGCAGUCGAUUCCAGAGUUCAAUUUAACGAAUCCCGCGGAGGUUGACAAGCCCCCUCUUGUCGUUCAAUCAUCCAAUGGAAGGCCUUCAUCACCCACGGAUGAAGAUGAGCUUGCCGUUGCGCUUGCUUUGUCUCAGUCGGAAUCAAUUCAACGAAAGCUCAGAGAGGAAGCGUUGGCCACUCAAGAGGAAGAGGAGCUGGCUCGAGCUCUUGCAGAGUCCAUGCUUUCCACAGGCGGUAAUUUAACGGACGACCACAACCCCUUCUUUUCGGAAGCGGCUUCGUCCAUGUCCAGAAUCUAUGAAAAUCAGUCCCCCCCUCAAACCCAAGUGCAUUCAAAUUAUUUUGAGUCUUCGACUGUAUCGCCUUCAUUUGUAUCGCAUGUAGAAUCUUUUUCUUUUUCGAAUGGCGGUUCGACAGAAUUGGGGAGAUACGAGAACUGGGGCACGCCUGGCAUGUCACGGAGGUCAUCAAUAGAAACGGAGGUCGAACCAGGCAAGCGACUACCGCAAAACCCAUCUCCAACUCCAGGUGGGAUCGAUAUCCUCCCAGACUAUCACAAGGGCGGACAUGAGAUCAGUUCAUUUCCAGAAAAAAGCCCCCCGAAUGAUCGCGGCUCUACCAGUCAGCACCGACAGACGGAAGAGUACUUGACGACAGAUGGAGAAUUCAGGCAUAGUUCCAAUGUUGUUAUGCCAAAUCCCUACUCAGCUUCAGGGGGGCAAAACGAAAUUUACUCAUACAAUGCGUCUGGCGAAUCCAUCAACAUCUCGGACGAUGAAGCUUUUGCUCGCAGGCUUGCCGCGGAAGAGGAAGCCGCCGCCCAAAGUAUUUCAUUGCAUCCUGUUGCUUUGGGCAGUCUGGCUCCAGCCGUCACAGGAACAAACAUCGAGCCAGAAUCGCCGACGGAACUGCCGUAUUACUAUGCAGACAAUACUUCAUCUAGAAGUUACUCAGACACAACUACUGUAGAUGCUACUCCCCACCCACUUGUAGUGGAACCAAGCCUAACAGUCACCCCACGCACAUAUCCUUCCCUUCCCGCCCAUACAUCGCCUGCUUCCAAUUUACCUGCGGAGGAUAGUCAAUCUAUUCCUUCUUUCGUAUCCAGCGACUUCAGCGGUGUUCAGCCCUUGCUAUACAAUCGGCUUCACCCCUCCAACACUAUCCACUCGGUUACUUCCAAUGACAGAUGCAUUACCGAACAUUGUUUCCUUGCCUUACGGGCGCUGCCCUCCUCUGCAUUUUCAGGCUCCGAGUUGGCGACACCUCCUCAGGCUACUGGCCAGUUCGUCAAGCCACAUCAAGCAGCCCAAGACUGGAGAACCAUCCUUUGGUUUAGCAUCGACCAGCUUGUUCCACCCAACACGCCUGGCGCAGCCAAGUACAGUGCCUUCAACCCUAAUAUGUUACCGUGGUCUUAUACAUUAGCUCCCAUACCGACAUUACUGCAUGAUGCCGUGGAUACGCCGAGAUCAAAAACCUAUACCAUCCCAGCCACAGACAUAAUUCCAUACCCGACGUUACCCAUUACCUUUCCGAACCUAGCCAUGUAUCUGCAAGCUGCACUGGAUGAUUCAAGGCGACACACCCAUGAAAGCACCGGUGGCAAGAAGCUGGGAAAGAUGGUCCAGCUCUGCUACCCGAAUUCUGAUGACGGCCCUACAGAGAGCUCAGAGAGGGGCAGCGUAAGCGGCCUUUUCAAGCGUGUUAUUGGUCGAGGCAACAAAACCAACAAGAAGAACAGAGCAAACAACGAAGACACGUAUGAGCUGGUCACUCCGUUUGUGCCUGAUGAAUGGGGUUAGACGUACACACCAGCUUUGAUUCAUACACUUAUUAUAUUUUGUAAUUAUUCGUUGGUGUACACUUGUACAUAUAUUCCCGUGGGGGUGCACAGAAGUCCUUGUACUGUAAAAAAAAAAAAAAGUACCUUCGGGAUCCGUUGCCCUUCGAC